AGAGGAAACAGGGUCUUAAUAUGUAUUUCUGAUUGUGCUGGAAUUGAUUGUAUAAAUGAGAAUAGCUUUUAAUUCAGAGGCAGAUCUAUCUGUCUCUGCUUUCUGAGUGCUGCAAUUAAAAGCAUGAGUCAGUACACCUUUUUUUUUCAGUUGAAAUUGUUCAUACAAUUUCUCUGAUUCAUACUCAGUACUAUUGAUCUGUUUACUUUUCUCUCUAUAUCUGUUAAUACAUUUCUCUAGCAAGGUGAUAUCUCAUUCAAAGGGUUCAGAAAUGACAAAGAUGAUCCUCCUCUUCAGUUUUCUUCUAAACUGACUUGGUGAUUGCAAUAGAGUUUCUGUGUCAUGGAAUACGUGUGGAUAGCAUGAGACUUAAAUAACUGUAUUUUCAAAGAAGUAUACAUUUUCUGUAUUUUCAGUAUCAUUUUCUUUGUCCACAUCUAUGGGAUAUUUUAGAAUGUAGUGACCUAUGAUGAUGUGCAUGUUGACUUCACCCGGGAAGAGUGGGCUUUGCUGGAUCCUUCCCAGAAGAGUCUCUACAAUGAUGUGAUGCUGGAGACCUGUAGGAACCUCACUACUAUAGGCUACAAAUGGGAAGGUCAUAAUAUUGAAGAACAUUGUCAAAGUUCUCGGAAACAUGGAAGGCUUAAAAGAAGCCAUACUGAAGAUAAACCUGAAACUACUCAAUGUGUUAAAGCCUUUGCAUAUCAUAAUCAUCUUCAAAGGUAUGAAAGAAUCGGUACUGGAGAGAAACCCUUUGAAUGUAAUCAAUGUGGUAAAGCCGUUGCAUGUGACAGCAGUCUUCUAUUGCAUAAAAGAUCCCAUAGUGGAGAGAAUCCCUAUGAAUGCAGCCAAUGUGGUAAAGCCUUUUCAUUACGGUAUUACCUCCAAAGACAUAAACGAAGACAUACUGGAAAGAAACCCUAUGAAUGCAACCAAUGUGGGAAAGCCUUUGCAUGUCACAGCAGUCUUGUAUUGCAUCAAAGAACCCAUACUGGAGAGAAGCCCUAUGAAUGUAAUCAUUGUGGGAAANCAUUACG